ACCGAAACACACUUCAAGCUUGCUUGACCAUCAAAGAACGCGACAAGCCCCGUCUCGCUCCUCUUACUACUUUCCCAAGUGAAGAUUCAUGGCGAGAUUACGAAUACCUCCGCAUAUACUGACGGCCCUGGGUGCCGCAUCCCCCGCAAUUUACGGAUCUUGGUUUGCGUUGAACAAGUGUGAGGCGUCGGCAAAGACCGACAGCCGAUCAAGGAUCGUUUUCUUAGGUACUGGAUCAUCAACAGGAUGUCCACGCCCCCUUUGUCCGAUGAUUUUUCAGCCCAACCAAUCAAAGAAGCAAGAAGAGACGACGGAAACGAAAGCCAUGAAAGAAAGGCUGGCUCCCUUUUGCAAGGUAUCCAAUCUUGCGAUCGAAGGCGAUCCGAAGACCAACAAAAAUUAUCGAAACAACCCUUCUCUUGUGAUCGCUUUCGACGAUAACGGGGUACAAAAGCACGUUCUUAUUGAUUGUGGGAAAACCUUUCGGGAGGGAGCCCUCCGAUGGUUUCCAACAUUGGGAAUCAACAGUUUGGAUGCCGUCGUUUUGACCCACGAACACGCCGACGCCGCCUUUGGCCUGGACGACGUAAGAGGGUUUCAACGAACCGAGGGAGGAUUCGCCGGAAACAGUCAAUUUCGUCAGGUGCCCAUGCCUUUAUACGUUUCGCAGCAAUGUCUAAACGAAAUUGCGGAACGCUUUCCUUGGCUCUUUCCGGAACUACAAUCCCGUGCCGAUAUCGCCCUGGUCGACAAAGCUGUCGUGAAGAGGCACGUCGCCUCUCUUGAUGUGCACGUCAUGGAACCCUUUAAAGCAGUGAACAUAGAAGGACUAGAAAUUAUUCCGCUACCAGUUAUGCAUGGUGAAGACUUGGUUUCUUUCGGAUACGCAUUUACCGUUGGGCAGACGAACGUCGUUUACUUGUCCGACAUCUCUCGAAUGCUGCCGGAAACAUUGGCGUUCAUUAGCAAAAGUCGACCUCCCACAGACAUUCUGGUUGUGGACGCUUUGCAUCCCACGCGCGACAAUCCGGUUCAUUUCAGUUUAAAUUAUGCCUUGAAUCUAGUGAACGAAAUAAAGCCAAGACGUACGUUUGUAGUGGGGAUGAACUGCGAUUCUUUCCUACCUCAUGACCAGGCCAACAAAGACCUUCGAGACAGUUACGUCAACAUUCAGCUCGCAUACGACGGGCAAGUAGUCGAGUGUUAA